AUGACUGGAUACCACCGGUUUUCAGAAGAUGGAUCACUAACGGCGAUGAAUGAUAAGCUUGAUGGCUUGCAGUGGCUAAUCGAUGAAGCUUAUGCCACAGGCGACGUGAAGCAGCUAGACCCUGAAAGAAUUACACACCGUUUAGCCUUCAUCAAUGAUAUUUCGAUGCACUCAACUGGGUACACAGCACAGCAUAUCAUUCUAGACCUCGCAAAGUCUGAUAAAUCUUUGGGAUAUAUCCAAGCAUUGCGGGACGAAGCUGCGGCGGUUCUCAAGGCAUCGGGUGGGGAAUGGACAAGGCAAUCAGUGACGAAAUUGCGCCUCACAGACUCCACCAUUAGAGAGUCAAUGAGACUUUCCCCAUUCUUCAGUGUUGGUUUACCACGGACUGUGAGUUUCUCUCUUCUCGGGAGCGCUAGUCAUUUCUCUAAUACGUUGCGCAAUCAGGUUAUUGACCCCAAGGGCAUUAUUGUGCCACACGGUGGCUCGACCUUGAACAUCCCUCGCGGUACACUCCUGGGAAUCCCAGUCCAAGCCAUUCAUUAUGAUGACUCCAUCUAUCCCAACCCUAGCGAGUUCCAGCCGUUCCGUUUUGUACAAAGCCAGAGCAUUGAUAAUGUUACCGAUGCCUUCAAGGACAUGGAGAGCAUUUCGACGUCUGGUGAACCGGCCAAGACCAGUGCCACGCUCGACGGCAGGUUUCUUUCGUUCGGAUAUGGCAAACACGCUUGCCCAGGCCGCUUCUUUGCCCUUAACGAGCUCAAGAUCUUUGUUGCUGAAAUGGUCCUGAAUUACAAUUUUGAGUAUGUCGGCUCUGACCAGCCAAGGACCAUGCCAGUUUUGUGGCUCAAUGUACCUAAUUUCUUCACUACCAGCCCCAAGGUUCUGGUACAGAGGAGAGAGCCUGUAGAGCUUCUAUGA